UUUGACCAGGCUUGCCCUACCCAGAGGUGGUCCUCCGUCUGCACAUGCUAGGAAUUUCAGCACAAACUGUGACCCCGGGGGCUUAUGCAGGAUGACAAAUAACCCCUGGGAAGAGGAGAGGAGAGGAGAGGAGAGGAGAGGAGAGAAGAGGAGCAGCAUGCCUGCUUUUGUGUCAAACCUUUAAAAGUUUAAGGAGUGCUAUGAGUGCAUUUAUCCCAUACUUAGAGCUAUAUAACAUUUGAAAUUAAAUAGAAGCUAGUUUAGAAUCUGAAUACCAUUUUCUCAAAAAACCUUGAGCAGAGCUCUCUGCAAUUCUUCUUCGUCUAUUUACAAAGACAAUUCAGUGUGUUGGCAUGUCAGAACAGUUUGCAAAGGGCUGAAAUGUGGAGGAAUCUGAGGAUUCCUUUGUUCAUAAUACUUUUUUUCAGACAGCAUAAAUCUAUUAUACUCUAUUUAGAGUACAAUGAUGUCUCAUCUCUCUCUGCUGUCUUCAAAUAGGAGCUACUCUGUUGAUUCUGGUCAAGACACGGCAGUUUUUUACGACAGUGGUGCUCCCCCAUCCCUUAACUAUCCUGCAAUCAGCUGUGUAGACGUGUCACUGUGGGGGCAGGGCAGAAGAAUUUGCAACUCCCUUGAAGCUUGGAUCCAACAAAGUGAAGCUUUUGAAGGUCUACAAGUUCCAUUUUGGAAUUGGACAUCUUUGUAAAAACUGUCUAACAAAAAUUUUUUUGCCUCAGUUUCAUGGCAAACAUCUGCAAACGCUUGGCCCAUGUGCUGUUAAGUUGCAUAAUGCAGUGACUCAAGAGUGGUGGUCAAAUUUCAUCAACUUCAAAACAAACAUUCACAUGCAGCAAUUUAUGUGCACCAGAAAAAGUUUGUUGAUGUCAAUAUAAAUCUAAUCUUAAGCUUUGGCAUGUGAUGAAAUAGAUGAUGGAGGUUGAAUCAGCCAGCAACAGUGGGUAUUUGCAGCUAGGAAAAACACGGCAACCAAAACUGACCAAGAAUCAGUUUUCUGCCUGUUUCUCUGUUUGCAGCCAGUGGCGGGGGAGUUUUAAAGCUGAACUCAGACCAGUACUAAGAUGUUAUCCUCAGCCAACCCCUCUUACUGCAGCCUGUAGUUGAAAAGGGGGAUGUCCCAGCUCCCAACUUCCUGUGGGAUCACAGACACCCUCAUUUGAAUAUUCCAUUCCCACUUCCAGAAAGUUCUCCUAGGAUUGCUAUAUAGGGCAGGCGAAUGUGUCACAGUUACACUAUUCCAUCCACAGGACGCACACUCAGAGAAGAAAGAAAGAGAGACAUCUGUGCCAGGUAAGGACCAGAACAAUAACUGCCUUUGUUUACCCAAAGGGAAGGAAUGCAGAGAGUGAAUGAGCUACUUUGAUUUGAUGGUUUAAAGUUACAGUGCAGCACUUUUUGAACAGUGAGUUUUAGACCUUUACUGGUUGUUUGACCUGCACAGAUGGUAUUUACAAUAAAAGAUAAAACAUAUGUCAAGAGUUUUAAGUUGCAUAUAUCCACAGAAUGAUGAUAACAUUGUCUUACUCUCAAAAUCAGCUCAUUUGUCUCCAAGAGCCUGUGUAAUGUUUACUGCCUGCUCUAUGGAGAUUACUACAUACACCUCUUGUCUUUCAGAAUGAAAAUGGCAGACAUGAAAACAUCUCAAGGUAUAAGAACAUGAUGCAAAGUCCUUUCUGCUGUGUCACAAAUGUGUAGCACUUAGGUGCAAACUGAACGAUGAGGAGUCGAAGGAAACAUUUUAAGACAUGCUACUGCAGCUGGUCAUUUAUACCCCCGUGCAUUUGGUCCGAGAUUUGGACUAAUGAUGGGAUGAGUUAAAUGGAGCCUGUAGACACACACCCGUUUGAAAAACAACAAUGGAGCAGACCACAUUGCACGUCUUUGCUGUAAAAUACUGCGAUUGUUGAGGGCCAAUGUCAUAUCACUGAAUCUAUCAAAGUUCAGAGACAUACAGGAUUUGUAAUUUCUUGAGAAGAGAGCGAGAUCGCGUUUCAGUCUGAGCACAACUUCACUCUGAGAAGGCUGCAGCUCCAACAACUGCACAGCUAAGUUGGUGCUGACGUGGCGGGGAACAUGUCUGCCUCAGACUGGAGUCUUUCUCAACCCUCUGAGUGGGCUGGGUCAAAGCUGGCCUUCCUCAAGCGGCACAUCCCAGCCUGAGCAUUGUUCUGGAGUUUUCUAUCACUCUGUUGAGUUUAACAGUCUUAAAUAUACAUUUUUUUUCCUUCAGUGUCUCUUCGAUGAGAUUCAAAGAGAGUGAAACCACAUUUUUAUUAACUUUUUUUUUUCAGUGUUACUGGCUGAAGUAAAAAGUUGUUAAUCCUCUUUUUUCCCCCCUUUUGUCCACUUUUUUACAGGCUGCUUUAGCUGCUGCUUUUGGAGACAGACAGGAUGUGGAUGACUAAUGUUGUAGCUGUUUGUCUGCUGGCCAUCCUGGCCUCUGCAGAGGACAAGAAGUUGAGCAGCCAUGCAACCACGCUGGCUGAUAACAGCGCUGAUCUGGCCUUCAGGUCUGAAAGUGUUAUCAUUAUCACUUGUGAUAUUGAUAUAUGCUUUGAUUCAGCAUUAUAGUCAAUUAUUUCUGUUGGAAACAUAGUCAAAUAAACUUCUGAUUUUUAUUCAGCCUCUACCACAACAUGGCAAAGGAGAAGGACACCGAGAACAUCCUCAUCUCUCCUGUGGUGGUGGCCUCCUCUCUGGGGAUGGUGGCUCUUGGAGGCAAAGCCUCGACUGCCUCUCAGGUCAAAACUGUUCUCAGUGCUGACAAACUGAAGGAUGAGCAUCUGCAUUCAGGCCUAUCUGAGCUGCUCUCUGAGGUAAGAGCGACAAAACAAAUACAUUGGGAAGAUUUUUAUAAUUUAAGAGUACAUAAUUGAUACUGUUAUGUGAGUGGUUUUCUCCACUGUUUCUUUAAAUUCCUAUUUUGAUACCACAUGAAAGAUAUUGUUGAUUGAACAACUUUGUUUACUACUUCUUUUCAGGUGAGUGAUGCAAAGACACGCAACACUACCUGGAAGAUCAACAACCGUCUCUACGGUCCCAGCUCUGUCUCCUUUGCUGAUGAUUUUGUCAAAACCAGCAAGAAACACUACAACUACGACCACACAAAAAUAAACUUCAGGGACAAGAGGAGUGCAGUGAACUCCAUCAACGAGUGGGCAGCCAAGUCAACGGGUGGCAAGCUGCCUGAGAUCACCAAGGAUGUACAGAACCCAGAUGGAGCAAUGAUUGUUAACGCUAUGUUCUUCAAGCGUAAGUAGAAGAAAGUGUGUUCUUAUCACAUGAGACACACAAAGAGAUCCUCACUCACUCCUCUUUGUUUUAACCUACAGCUCACUGGGAUGAGAAGUUCCAUGAUGCAAUGGUGGACACACGAGGUUUCCUUGUUAGUCGUUCAUUUACCGUUGGAGUUCCCAUGAUGCAUCGCACAGGUAGGCUUUUUUACCAUCAAUUCAACUUACUGUGUUAAAAAGCCAGAAAGAUCAAACAACUGAUCUGUGUGCUCUGUGCAGGUCUGUACGACUUCUAUGACGACACAGAGAAACGAAUCUACCUGCUGAACAUGCCUCUUGGCCAGAAGCAGGCCUCUAUGAUCCUCAUCAUGCCUUACCAACUGGAGCCUCUGGACCGUCUGGAAAAACUCCUGACUAAGACUCAGAUGGACACCUGGAUCAGCAAGAUGCAGAGCAAAGCUGUCGCUAUUUCCCUCCCUAAAAUCUCCCUUGAAGUCAGUCACAAUUUGCAGGUAAGUUAUUGCAAUUCCACAGAUUGACCAUUGGGAAAUCAAGGUUGAGGGCGUCAACAAGAUCCAGAAUCAGCUCUUUAUCUUGAAUUAUCAUGUCUUUUCCAGAAACAUCUUGCUGAGCUCGGCCUGACUGAGGCUGUGGACAAAGCCAAAGCCGACCUCUCCAACAUCUCAGGAAAGAAAGACCUCUACCUCUCCAACGUCUUCCACGCUUCAGCUUUCGAGCUUGACGUGGAGGGAAACCCGUUUGACACCACCAUCUUUAGCUCAGAGAAGCUGAGGAACCCCAAACUUUUCUACGUAGAUCACCCCUUCAUUUUCCUGGUCAGAGACAACAAGACCAAGUCUAUCAUGUACAUCGGCAGAGUAGUUAGACCUAAAGGAGAAAAGAUGCGCGAUGAGCUCUAAUGUUCAUGUGUUGGUAGGUAGUUUUUGAUACUUGUGAAGAAUUGGCAGGGAACAGAGCUUAUUUGAUAUUUGUGUGUGUAUUUGGGUUUGACUUUUACCUCUUUUGAGUACAAUCCAGUAGACAAUACAACUAUUUGAGCUUUCUUUUCUUUUUUUUUUUCUUUUGUUGAUUUUUUUAAAUACAAGAUUUUCCAGAGAACCGAUUCUGUACCAAUGUGGGGUCUCGGCCUUCAAACCCCAGCUAUGAAUGCAUGUUUCUAUCACAGAUAUGUGCCUUAACUGAGACCUCUAAGACCUGUAAACAGCAGUUGGCACAGCAGACAACAUGCUUAUAUUAAGUAUGAUCUCUUUCUUAACACCCUUUUUUUUGCCAGUUUUGGUUUGGCCACUUGUGUUUUCUUGCAUUAUCUUUAAUGUUUAAAGAAAAUAAGAUCUUUGCACAAGCAUUUACAGAUGUUUCUCACACCCUUUCCCCCUUCUUCAUAAUCUUGUUUGUGCAUUUUGCCUCCGAUCUGCUCUGAGUCAUUCCUCUGCAUGAGCUGAGUUUGCAGAGGUUAGGUGUCAAAUGUCAGGACCUUUCUUUGUCUUGCUCGCCAACCAAACUGUGCCAUGUUGUUGUUGCUGUAGGUAUUUUUGACAAAAAAGUGGUUGUGUCAUAAAAUGUUGAUUUUCCAAUAAAAAGAAAGAAAUUGA